UCAUAAUCGAGUGUUAUGCGACCGAAUUGCGAUGGUAAUCUAAUCGCGGUGCACUGCGAAUCGGGAGGAAAUUUGUAUAUAAACUGGACGCUGCGGGUCAGUUGGCAUCAAACAGUCGAGUUCACUCACAGCAGCAACAUGAUGAAAUUCGCUUUGGUAGUUUUGGCGCUGUUCGCCAUGUCCAGCCCCAUGGACGCAUACACCCUGCCGCGUGUUGGCACAGGAGUGCUCGCUGACGAGCUCCAGGCCUUCGUGGACAUCGUACCGACCAACAAAAUCGUCACGCUCUGUCUCCAAUACUUGGCCGAAGACGCGGAGUUCCAGAAACUCGUCACCUACCUGCAAUCGCCGGAAUUCAAGAAACUGGUCGUCGACAUCGAGGCUCUUCCCGAAGUGAUCGACAUCUUAAACUACAUCCAGAAGGGUGGCCUGGACAUCUACUACCUGGUGAACAAGAUCAACAAAUUCCUUGGACUGCCAAGCUUGAAGACCCCAGACACCUUCGGCCUGGAACCCCUGAAGACCAAGAGCGGAAUCCGCGGCUUCCUCGACGAAGUUAAGGCACUCAUCCCCGUCGACAAGAUCAAGGCGCUCUACUACCAGAAGAUGCAGACCUCGAAGGUGUUCGUCGCCUUCAUGGAGAAGAUCAGAUCCCCGGAGGCCCAGAAGAUCGCUGACGCCAUCGUUGCCAACCCGAACCUUCACGGACUCCUCAACAAGGCCAAGGCUGCUGGCGUCGACGUCAAGGCCGUCAAGGAGUUCUUGGAAAUGUUCCUUGGCAUCAAGAUCCCCAUUGACUAUAUAAAAGACGGGAAACUAAUUCAGAAACCAGUAGUGCCUUCAACCGGAGCUAUCACGAUGAGAAUCCAACUGCUAGCAAUCACCGCUCUAGUAGCGUUCGCGUCGAGCAGCGCCCUGCCAGCGUUCGGCCAGGGUCCGCUCUACGAUGACGUGAUGUACUUCAUGGACAUGAUCCCGCUGUCGAGGAUCGUCACGAUCACCCUGAAGUACGCCGCCGAGGACCGCGAGUUCAAGCAGCUCCUGGAACACAUGCAGGGCAACGAGUUCAAGGAAAUGGUGAAGGAAAUCGAGGCGAUACCCGAGUACCACAACUUCGUCAAUUACAUGCAACGGAACGGCGUGUACUUGGUCGACGUCACGAACAAAGUGAACAAAUUACUCGGCAUCCCGACCUUCCAACCCAUGGACGCCUACAGGACCGGCGGGCUGAAGGGCUACUUCGAGGAGGUCAAGUCCAAGAUCUCCUACGACGAGGUGAUCCACGGCUACGUCUACAAGAUGAGGACAUCGGCGGCGUUCCGCGACUUCGUGGCAGAACUGAAGUCCGGCAACCACCAGAGAUUCGUCAACGCUCUCUACAACAAUCAACGUUACCUGCAGUUCCGCAACAUGCUCGCCGUUAAGGGUAUCGACGUAGCGCUGAUCGAGGACGUGAUCUACACCGUCCUGGGCAUCGAGUUCCCCGUGAUCAGCAGUUUCGAGGCCGUGCCUUACGGCGACGCAGCUUUGCAGAAGGAUAUCCGCGACUUCAUCGCCCUGAUCGACACCAACAAGGUCAUGCAAAUCGUCGUGUCCUACCUGGACGAUGACGAGCUCAAGAGGGCAGUGCUCUACAUGUACAGCGAGGAGUUCCACGUGCUGGUCCGCCAGGUCGAGGCCAUGAAGGAGUACCAGGACCUGGUCCUCUACCUGGAAGACGCCGGUUUGGACAUGUUCGGAUUCCUCCAGAAGGUCCACAAACUGUUCGGCAUGGAAGACUACGUCCCCCCCAGCCGCCCCGUGUUCGGCGUUUACCUCGACGAAACGUUCGUGAACAAGGGCGGACUGAAGAAGAUGCUCGAGGAAAUAAUCGCCACCCUGCCGAUGGACAAGAUCAAGGCCCUCUACAACGAAAAGAUGGCGAACUCCCCCGCGUUCAAGAACUUCAUGGAGAAAAUCCGUUCCGAGGAUUUCAAGCACAUCGUCAACUUGGUCUACAGCGCGCCCAUCUUCCGGGAGAUGAGGGCGAAGGUUAUCGCCGCCGGAAUCGAUCUCCAGCCCGUCAAGAAACUGAUCGAGAAGGUCCUUGGCUACCAGCUUCCAGCUGUACCCGCGUACUAAACCGACGGUUUCGUAUUUGUUUAUGAAGAAGCUCACGAUACUGUCUGUCUGUCUAGCUCACGAUACUGCCCGACAUGAUAUUGCUUUUGUAUAAUGGUUAAUCGUUGUUUUUAAUAAAUUCCAUUGCUUGAAAUUA